AUGAUCGCUAUAGCAAGAGUUGUCAUCAAUUCCGUCGCCGCAUAUUUAGCCUUCUGGGUAGUACGAGCCAUUUAUCGUCUAUUUUUCCAUCCACUGUCGCGCUACCCAGGCUCAAAGGUUGCUGCAGUGUCAAAACCAUGGUACGAAUGGUAUUGGAAUUUUCACCACAAGGGCAUGCUGGUGUUCGAAAUCGAAAGGUUGCAUGAGCGCCUAGGUCCCGUCGUCCGCAUUGGUCCCAACGAUUUGCACAUCAACGAUCCAGAAGUCUUCCGGGAGAUGACGAAAGUGGGCUGCCAUUUUACCAAGGAUCCGGAGUUCUAUAGUUUUAUCACGUUUCCAGGAACUUCCAUUGGCGAAGUAGAUCCCAACCUUCACAAAAUCAGGCGACAGGUUCUCACUCCUGCAUUCUCGCCUCAAAGGGUGCAAUAUCUGGCGCCAAUGGUGAAAACCAAAGUUGAUCGUCUGCUCGAGCGUUUCAAUAGCUUCGCAUCUCAGUCACAGCCCGUGAAUAUGUUCAAAGCAUCCAAAGCGUUUACAAUGGACAUCAUAUCCGACAUUGUUCUAGGUAAAGAACUGGGAUGCAUAGAUAAUCCGGAGUUCAAGAACCAGUUCAUAGAGUAUUUGCACGCCUCUUUCGCCUCUGGAUGGAUUGGAACUGCAUUCCCGAAUUUCCUCAAGUUUUCUCUGGCAUUCCCAAUAUUUCCUAUACCGAUCAUGGAGUUCAGAAAUACAGAAUUCAAUCGAUCAGUUGUCAUUGACAUGCUGCUCGAUCCAGCCUCAGCUAAAGACCAUAGUACCUUGAACGCUGCACAACUGGCUGAAGAGGUCAUAAUGUUGCUAGCAGCUGGGAAUGACACCGCGUCAGAUGCUAUCAUUGUUGGAAUUUACCAAACACUUCGUAACCUUAGCAUCUGCCAGAAGCUGAAUCAAGAACUACUUGCCGCUUUUCCAGACAUAACAGAAGAGAUAACAUAUGAAAAGGCAAAACGUUUACCUUACCUUACAGCUAUCGUUAAAGAGGCCAUAAGAUAUAGCAAUCCAUUGCCCGGAAAGGCUCCUCGAGUUGUACCCCCGGGUGGGUUCAAUUUAUAUGGGCAUACAUUGCCCGCCAAGACAAUCCUCAUCACUUCGGCGUACCUCCUGAACCGUCAUCCUUCAGUCUUUCCAGACGGGAAGAAUUUUAAACCGGAACGAUGGCUAACAGAAAGUUCCGAUCAUUUCGACAAGUAUAUGGCUAGCUUCUAUCGCGGAACGAGACAAUGCCUUGGGAAGGAGUAA